AUGGAACUUCUUAAAAUACUGAAAACACAGAUCGAAGAGAAAAAUAAAGAGAAUUUGAAAUAUCCAGUCGACUCCGCAAAUGCAAAAUGGACCAGCCAGUUUAUUAAUUUCUGCCCAUUCUGCCGCGUGCAGAGCUUUUUCUCGCCAGUAUCUCUUGAAUUGCACAAGUCCAUUUGUCAAAAGACAAUACAGAAUGAGCUGCUGGCCUACUCGAGGAUCUCGCUUGUCUUGAGCUCGAUUAACGCGAUGAGGGAGAAGGCUGCUACUUCAGUCAACAGUCAACUGGAGCUUCAGCCGAUCGAAGAAACGGAUGAAAUCAAAAAUGAAUAUCUUCCAAAAGAAACGUCGUCUGAGAUGGCCGAAUCUCCGCAAAGCAAAGAACAGUCCAGCUCCGACCUUGAAAUCAAUCAAAGCGCUUCAAAAAUUGAAAAGCAGCAUCACGAGUCAGCACCAUUAACUCCAGAAGCUUCCGGCUUACCGUUGUCUCUUUCUGUUUCAAUCUUGCCGCAGCCGGUCGAAGAAAGCGUGGAACGCGUCUCGCCUCGCUCAAUAGCGGAUCCCUACCCGAAGAAACGGACGACCUGUCAAGUCUGCAAUAAAAAAUUUCGUAGUCUGGCGCAGCUGGAGCAGCACACUCGCGCUGUGCACGAGAAGUCGGCGGAUACGCGCCCCCACAAGUGCCCUCUUUGUCCGGCUAAAUUUAAAGUGUCCGGCACGUUGGUCACUCAUCUACGAACACACACUGGCGAAAAGCCGUUUCCGUGCAGCGACUGUGGAAAGCGAUUUUCGCAGAAAUCAGCUCUUACAAGACACAAAAUGAUUCAUACAGGCGAAAAGCCUUUUGAAUGCAUUUUCUGUCAGCAGAGAUUUAGGUACAAAGAUGCUCUUGCCAGCCACGAAAUAAAAAUGCACCGUUCGCCUUCCCUCGUCCUUCCUGCGCCACAUCAUCAUUUUUAA